AUGAAAAAUGAAGAGCUUGUCACUGAGUUUUUUGCAGUAAUCAUGUGGCUGCAGUUCCCUUCACCAUCUGAUAUUAAUAUCAAGUAUUGGGAUGAGCGAUUACAAUGCCUGCUGAGACUGUGCAAGUUGGCAUUUCCUUAUUUAGUACCACAAAAAAAAGACAAAAUUGCAAAAAUCUCGAAAGUAUUCGAAGAUAUUUUUUUCUGCUUUGAAAGCAAAAUAAAUAAUCCUCGAAGACGGAAAAUUUAUUUUUACAACCCUCUUUAUUACCUAAUUGAUAUCAAACAUAAAAAUAAUGAAGCAAAUACGAACAGUUGGAAGGUUUAUGACUUGGAUGUUGUGCAUCAGAAAAUUUCGCAGUUCCUUAUCUCAUAUAUCUACGACCUAAUUUCGAAAGUCAGUCAAGAUGGUAGAGAUAAUCUGGAUAUAGCCUCAAUAAUCUGCUAUGAUUUUGCAUCAUCGGGUAAUUGUCAUUCUUCAAAUUGCCAAAUGCAUCACGUAACUCCAACACCAUUACUUCUGUUCCAGCGCCUGAAACUUGCAAAACUCCAAUACACAGUGGUGAGACAAUUGGAUGUAUUAUACCGCCAAGGACUACUUAAAGAGAAAAGUCAAGAGUUCCUUGCAUCACAAAAUUGGUGGGCCGAAAAUCUUGUAAAAUGUCACAUGCGCUAUCAAUCACCGCAUACAAGCUGCCCAGAGGUUAUUUACAUGGCUCUUUCCAACCUUCCUAAUCACACUCGUGAUGGCCUUAUAAAUGAAGCUUACAAGGCAUGGUUAUUUGAGGAGUCCAGGAAUGCUGACGACUUUGAGGUUAUGUUAAAAUGUAUGUUUUAUAUACAACAACUGCAGGACAAAAGUGUUAUUGAUGAAUUCUGUCAGGAGAUGUCGAAAACAAAAAUACUUUCACACCCUAACGAUCUGCCCGUUGGAUUUGAAUAUUAUUGUGGAAAUUAUCAAGCAGUUCCAGUUGGGAGACAUCUCUCGCUGUUUUUCUCGUUUCUUUAUUCUAAUAAAGUAAUUCCCGCGAUCAUAAGCUCAAUGACGUUUAUUAAUCAUACCAUAAAAAAUAUUGAAUUCAAUCUGGUUUCGACCGAAGCUCUUGGAGAUCUUACAUCUCUCUUGGAAUUUACCACGUCUUUGAUUUUCACAGUUGGUCAAAAGUAUUGCGAUUUAUGUCUUCCUCGAGCUUAUCUGAUUAAUUAUUUUGAAGCAUUUACCUCGAAAUCGCUCAUUCCGGGUCGAAAUACUUACAGCAGAAAGAAUUAUCUGUCUGCAAUUAAUAAUUCCAUCGAUCAAGUUCAACAGCUUCUCGACCUGUUGUUUUGCAAUGAGCAGGUUUACUUGACAAUUAUCCUUCGACUGAUACGGCUUUUGAUUCUUAUCGGACUAAAUGAAUCAAGUUUUGCGCAAGAGAUCCUUAAACGUUUCAAAAACAUUCAUAGUAAAAACAAAAUCUUUUCUACAAAAAUCAAGAAAUACUUAGAAGAAAACGAGUUUGUACGUCUCGUGGAAAUUCUUUAUAACGAUCUCAAGGAGAUACGUUGUGACUCCUUGGUUAUCGUUCAUCAUCAAAGUAAAAGCAAAUCGAAAUUUGCUUACUUUGAAAAAAAUGGAGUCAAAAGUCUUACAUACAAUUCUAUUGAGGAAUUCCGUUCUUCCCUUCGAAAGAUUAUAUCUUCCGCUACCGGCAUUCCGGAUGAUCAACUCGCCUUCCUUGAUUCUCUUGUUAAAAGUUAA